CGCAGGGCUAGGACAAGAUGUCGCCGUCCGGGCUGAAAGCUGUAGUGGGAGAUAAAAUCGUGGCGGGGGUGAUCACCAGCGUAAAGAAGGAUGGGGAAUGGAAGGUGCUGCUUGUCGAUCACACCAGCAUGCGUAUUCUCUCCUCUUGCUGCAAAAUGUCUGAUAUGCUGGAUGAAGGCAUCACAAUUGUUGAAGAUGUUAAUAAGAGAAGAGAGCCAAUUCCUAGUCUGGAAGCCAUUUACUUCAUCACCCCAUGUGAGAAGUCCGUCCGCGCGAUUAUAUCUGACUUCAAGGACAUGGGUGCCCCUAUGUACAAAGCAGCACAUAUAUUCUUCACAGACACCUGUUCUGAUCAGCUGUUUGCGGAGCUAGGAAAGUCGAAGGUCCCAAAGGUGAUAAAGACCCUUAAAGAAAUCAACCUGGCCUUCCUUCCAUAUGAAUCGCAGGUCUAUUGCCAUGAUGCAAAGGACUCUUUUCACACCCUGUUCAGCCAGUAUGGAAAGCAAGAGAAAAACAAAUGCCUGGAGAUGUUGGCAGAGCAGAUCGCCACCCUUUGUGAAACCCUGAAAGAGUACCCUGCCGUCAGAUACCGGAGUGGCUACGAAGACAAUUACACAUUAGCACAGAUGGUGGUGGACCGUCUCAAUGCAUUUAAAGCAGAUAACCCCAGCAUGGGCGAGGGUCCAGACAAGAGCCGAUCCCAGCUUCUGAUUUUUGAUCGUGGAUUUGACCCUGUAUCCCCAAUCAUGCACGAGCUUACCUUCCAAGCCAUGGCUUAUGACCUCCUAGAUAUCCAAAAAGACAUAUACAACUAUGAGACGACAGGUAUUGGAGAAUCACGGGAAAAGCAGGUCCUUUUGGAUGAAGAUGAUGACCUUUGGGUGGAGCUUCGACAUAUGCACAUUGCUGAUGUUUCCAAGAAGGUCACAGAGCUGCUUAAAUCAUUCUGUGAAAGUAAAAGAAUGACUACAGACAAGGCCAACAUUAAAGAUUUGUCCCAGAUAUUGAAAAAGAUGCCUCAGUACCAGAAGGAGUUAAAUAAAUACGCCACACACCUCAACCUGGCAGAAGACUGCAUGAAACAUUUUAAAGGGACAAUAGAGAAACUGUGUGCAGUGGAGCAGGACCUCGCCAUGGGCUCAGAUGUAGAGGGGGAGAAACUGAAGGACCCGAUGAAGAUUAUUGUGCCGCACCUGCUCGAUCCCUCUAUCAAACCCUAUGAUAAAAUCCGCAUCAUCAUUUUGUAUAUCUACCUAAGGAAUGGUAUCACAGAUGAAAACCUUACCAAGCUAAUACAGCACGCCAAUAUCCAGAAUGAGAGCAACAUCAUACGGAACCUGCAUUACCUGGGCACGCGGGUGGUUACAGGGCAACAGCCAACAAAUUCCAACAGACCAGAGAGGAAACUGCGUCCAGAGCCCACCUAUCAGCUCUCCCGCUGGACACCAGUACUGAGGGACAUCAUGGAGGAUGCCAUAGAAGAUAAACUGGACAGGAAACAGUGGCCAUUUGUCUCUGAACCUCUCAAGACCACUGGGCCAGCCCAGCCUGUAGUGAGUGCCCGCUUCGGCCACUGGCACAAAACACGGAGCGCUGCAGAAUACCGGGCAGGCCCUCGCCUUUUAAUUUACAUACUCGGUGGUGUGUCCAUGUCUGAGAUGAGAUGUGCCUAUGAGUUGACGAAAGCGACAGACUCCAAGUGGGAGGCCGUUAUAGGAUCUACUGACAUCCUCACACCAACCAACUUCCUUAACCAGCUGAAGACCCUGGAUCAGCAGGCAACUGGCAGUCAAUAAACAGCUCUUCCUUUCCUGCUUUCUGGCUCUUGCUGUGCCCAAGAACCCCACAGCUUCUACCAAAACCAACAGAUGGACCUCUCUGCUACCAAAGCAAAACUGCCACCCUUUUUUAACUUUAAUAGAGUCAGAGACCCCUCUCAUUUCACAACUGUUUUUCCAUGUUUACUGUAAAGUCAUCAGGACCAAAAAUACACGCACAUCUUCCAACAAA